GCUCCAUACCUGGAACCCUUCAUUCUGUGCCCUCCUGAGUUCUCUUCUUCACAUUCCAUCUAUAAGGUCCUAAAGCCCCUACUUCCCCUUUGAACACCUUCUCAGUGCACACAUAGUACUAAUGGCAGGCCUAAAGCCCGUUGCAACCGGACUCUUGUUCCUCAAUCUCUGCAUGUACAUUGUUGUGGCAGCAAUUGGAGGUUGGGCCCUCAAUAGAGCAAUCGACCACGGCUUCAUCAUCGGACCUGACCUUGUCCUUCCAGCUCAUUUUGCUCCCAUUUACUUUCCAAUGGGAAACGCUGCCACCGGCUUCUUUGUGGUGUUUGCCUUGAUUGCCUCUGUUGUAGGUGGUGCAUCAGCCAUAGCUGGUGUUCACCACAUUCGGACAUGGGAUGCUGAGAGCUUACCUUCUGCAGCAUCAGUUGCUAUUGUUGCUUGGACUCUUACUCUUCUUGCCAUGGGCUUGGCUUGUAAAGAAAUUGAGAAACACAUCAGGAAUGCACGCUUGAGAACAAUGGAAGCAUUCUUAAUUAUCCUUUCGGCAACACAGCUGUUCUAUAUUUUGGCUAUUCAUGAAGCCUCAAAUAUCAGGAGGAGGAACUGAGAGUUGAUUUGUGUGGAAAAUGUGUUGUUUGCGGACAUUUAUUUUUCUUUUUUUGUUGUGCAGAUUGUUGUGCGGUUGUGUUUGAUUGGAUAUGUUGUAACCAAUAAAGGAAAUUAAUGUAAAGGAGGCCUUUUAUGAGUGAUUUCUCAGUUAUUUAAGGAAGUUCAGAUGGUGUACAUCCAUAUCAACAUAGUGUUUUUUAUGGAUCAA